AUGUUAUUUCGAGCCAUUCCAUUUGUAGCCAAAAAAGGAGCUUUAUCUUUACGAACUGAUCAUUUCGCACAUCGAAAAUUUGCUUCUGAAGCGUAUAGGAACAAACAAAAUCUUAUAGAAAAGAUUGUUCAAAAAUAUGCUGUAGACGUAUCGCCGGGUCAAAAAGUGAAAAGUGGAGAUUUUGUAACUAUCCAACCUGAACAUGUGAUGACUCACGACAAUUCGGCUGUCGUCAUGUCAAAAUUUAAAAAUAUUGGAGCAAAAUCUAUUAAAUUUCCUAAGCAACCUGUAUUUACACUUGAUCAUAAUGUACAAGAUAAAUCAGAAAAGAAUUUGGCAAAAUAUAGAUCAAUAGAAGAAUCUGCCAAAUUGCAUAAUAUUGAUUUUUAUCCUGCUGGUAGAGGAAUUGGUCAUCAGAUAGUUGUAGAAGAAGGUUAUGCUUUUCCUUAUACAUUAACUGUAGCUUCUGAUUCUCAUUCAAAUAUGUACGGUGGGAUAAGUUGUUUAGGAACACCUAUAGUUAGAACAGAUGCAGCAGCAAUUUGGGCCACAGGUAAAACAUGGUGGCAAAUUCCACCCAUAGUAAAAGUUGAAUUCAAAGGGAAAUUAUCUACUGAAGUUACUGGAAAAGAUAUCAUAAUCACAUUAUGUGGAAUGUUUAAUAAAGAUGAAGUAUUAAAUUGUGCAAUAGAAUUUACGGGAGAAGAAAGUAUUUAUGGAAUUAGUAUUGAAGAUCGAUUGGCUAUAGCUAAUAUGACGACUGAAUGGGGUGCAUUAGCUGGAGUAUUUCCAGUAGAUGAUAGAACAAUAAAGUGGCUUAGAAAUAGAGUUGAUAAAUUAGAACUUUUGAAAGAUCAAAAUAAAAAUUUAAAGGAUCUAACAAAUAAUAAACCAUUUGUUCAUCCUAGAAUCAAUCAUUCUAGAAUUGAUGAAAUUGAAAAAAAUCCAUUACAAUCAUCUCCCGAAUCAUAUUAUGCAAAGCAUUUGACUUUAGAUUUAUCAACUGUAUCUCCGUAUGUUUCAGGUCCUAAUUCUGUAAAAGUUUCAACAUCUGUUGCUAAACUUGAAAAAGAGAAUGUUGCAAUACAAAAAGCAUAUAUUGUUUCAUGUGUCAAUUCUCGUGCAUCUGAUUUAAAAGCUGCUGCUAAAGUCAUUAAGGGUCAUAAAGUGGCAGAUGGUGUAGAACUUUAUGUAGCUGCAGCUAGUAGUGAAGUGCAAAAUGAUGCCGAAGAAAGCGGUGAUUGGCAAACACUCAUUGAUGCUGGUGCAAAGACUUUACCCGCUGGAUGUGGACCAUGUAUUGGUCUUGGUGUUGGUCUUUUGAAAGAUGGUGAAGUUGGUAUUUCAGCAACCAAUCGAAAUUUUAAAGGGCGUAUGGGUUCACCUAAUGCUUUAGCAUAUCUUGCUUCACCUGCGAUUGUUGCAGCAUCUGCUGUGGCUGGAAAGAUAUCCAAUCCAGCAUUUCUAUCUACUUCUUCUUCAAAUUUUUCUCACGAAUAUAUAUCAACACCAAAAAUAACUUGUGUAAUAAAUUCAAAUCAGCAUAAUACAGAAGCAAUGUCAUUAUCAAUCAGUGUUGAAAAAGUCAUUCCAGGAUUUCCAGAAGUUAUCAAAGGUCAAUUAUUAUUUUGUAACGCGGACAAUUUAAAUACGGAUGCAAUUUAUCCUGGUAAAUAUACUUAUAUGGAUGAGCUUACAUCUGAAGAUAUGGCUAAAGUUGCAAUGGAAAAUUAUGAUCCCAAGUUUGCCAAGAUAGUUACCAAGGGUGACAUCUUGGUUGGAGGUUUUAAUUUUGGAUCUGGAUCAUCACGAGAACAAGCUGCUACUGCAUUAAAAGCUUGUGGUGUAACAUUAGUACUUGCUGGAUCCUUUUCUGAAACCUUUAAACGUAACAGUAUUAAUAAUGCUUUACUUUGUUUAGAAGCACCUGAACUUGUAAAUUUAUUAAAAGAAAGAUAUAAACCGGAUGAAUUAACUACGUCCACACAUCUUAAUGCUGAAAUUAAAGUGGCCGAGGGUAAAAUGUUGGUAAAAGGUUUGGAAAGUUCUGAUACAGUAUUUAAAAUUGGUGUAUUAGGAAAAAGUGUGCAAGAAUUGUGGGUUGUUGAUGGAUUAGAAAAUUGGUCGUAUUGUGAAUUUAAAGAAUAUGGUACUAUUCUUCUUGGAAAAUCUCCUUCAUUACCAACAAACACAGAAAUGUAUUUCCUGGAAUCGGCAUUAUCUUUUGAGGAUAUCAAGGAUUUCUGA